AAGAGAAACAAGAGAGAAAAAAAGAAAGGGAAUACCCACGCAAAAAAGUCCAAACGCUAGGCCACCGAAGCCGUUGGUGCUCUCAGAGAAGAGAGAGAGAGGGAGAGGGUGAGGGAGGAGAGAGAAGAGAGCCGUUGGAGCUCUCAGACAAAGAAGAGAGAGAGAGGGGGGGGGAGGAGAGGAAGCGAUGGUGGAAAUCCUCCAAACUUUUGUCCAACGAAGAAGCACCUUCCGGGAAGCAAUUAGCAGCAGCUCAGAGGCUUCCUACGGUUUCCUGCCUACCUUUUCCCAUUCUCUUUCCAAAAUACCCCUCUACCAUCCUUCCUUGAUGGCGGCCGCGUGCCGUCACUAGGAAAAAGGCGUCGUUAAGGGUGGGUAAAAGAGCUUUUGUUGGCUCCAUUUUGACUCUUUGAUAGAUAUCUCGGAUCAUUGGGGGUCUUAGCCUCUCGAUUGGAGGAAAAAAUGGAGAAAAGUUUGGAGCCUGAUGGGUAGUUUGAGUGCUAAGAGAUUGUGGGCUGGGAUUCAGUUGCGUUCAAGGGAGGGAAAAGGAGGAGGAGUGUAUUUGGAUAUCUUGUCUUAAUGGAUAAAAGCUAGAAAGCUGAUGACUUUAGAAGGUUUUUGAUGAAUUUGAUGCUUGUAAUUAGUUAAAAAAACGAUUUCUUCCCUUCUUUUUGAGUUGUACGUCAAUAAUUGGUCAACAAAUAUGGGAAUCUGAGAAAACAGAGUGGCAGUUCUCUGAAUUCAGUGUUUUUAAUGGUGAUUGAUGGCAUAUAUGGCUUGAAAUUGAUUGAAGAAGAAAAAAAGGAGCUUUUGUUGCUGUUUGGAAUCAAACUGCAUGUAUGGAAGUCAUUUACACUUUACAGGACUCCUUUAAAUCUUCAGUGUAAAGAUGUUGCUUUGAUUAGCUUUCUUGCUUUUCUUUGAAGGUUUCAAUUUGGAAUUUUCUUCAAAGAUUCAGGGAGAGUGGAAUUUGGAUUUGGUUUCCGUGCCUCUGUUGCCAUGGGUAGAGGAGGUUUGGUUUGAGGCCAUUGCUUUUUCUUUGAAGGGUGGGUGCAGCUCCCUAAAGCCUUGCGUGGGACGCGGUGGCUUUUAUUGGAUAAAGGGAGAAAGGUGUGGAGCUAUGUCUAUGGUGGAAGAAAAGUUUUGAUUCCUUUCCCCAGAAGAGAACAAAAACAGCUUAGAUUCCAUAACUUUAGCUGUUGGGAUGGGAGAAACCUCUUGAAAUUGGAAGUUGAGGCCUUCUUGUCCUUCUUCUGCCAGACUUGCCAUUGGAACAGUUCUUCCUUGCCAUUCUGAUUGCAUUCAUAGUCCAAGGAGCCAAGGGCCAUUGGUUCAUGAUGGCAAAGGGAUCUUACAAGCGAGCUGCACGAUCUAAGGACAAUGCAGGUUGUAUGUGGGGUUUGAUUAGCAUGUUUGAUUUCCACCGGGGUCAUUCAAGUCAGAAGUUACUUGCAGAUAGGAAACAUGGGAGUGGUGGACAUGUUGGCACCAGAUAUUCAAAAAGUGUGCUUGAUUCUCAUAGCAAUUCCAAGGAAAAACAAGAAAUUGAAGAUGGUUUUGAUGACAAUACAGAAGAAACAGCCAAUUCGGGUAUGCCUAGUGUCAAAAAACUCAUGGAGGAAGAAAUGUCAAGAAAACAUUCCCCAAAGAAGAUUCCAAGUGAUGAUGUCGAACGGAUACUAUCUGACUUGGGACACAAGGUCCAUCUUGAGAAGAACCAUAAAAAAACAAGCAAGAAUCAGAAAGAAAACUCACAUCUUCAUGUCAAUGAUCCGAAUGCUCCCACAAGCUUGGAUUGUCAUAUGAAUUCCAUGGAAAGAUCUUCCCUCAAUUUCGACUUGGCUGCAUUUUUGAUUGAAUUCUAUGGUUACAACAAUAGAUGCCAAGAAAUGCAUGCAGAUUGUAAAAGUAUGAUUAGUUCAAGUCCUUCCUUAGAAGCUAUUGAUCUUUGGAAGCAUUAUCAUCAUGAUGAACCAGAUUCCCAAAGUGAACAGAAGAAAUCUAUUCUUCAAAAUGCACUGGGCAAAGUAGCAGAGGCUAUUUUAAAUCAGAAGCUUGUUGAAACAAAACAGCUCACUGGCAAUAGGGCAGCCCAAUCUGAAGAGUUCAUCAAUGCAUUAGAGAUAUUGAAUUUGGACAAGGAAUUAUUUUUAAAACUUCUUCAGGAUCCAAAUUCACUUUUGUUAAAACAUAUUCAAGAUCUUCAGAAUACUCAAAUCAAAAAACCAUCUAAGCUGGAACAUGGUCAAAAUUUAGAAGGAAUUGAAUUGCUGGAAGAAGAGACUGGCAGUUUAGGGCAAUGUGAAGAAUCUGUCAAUAAUAAAGCAUUUCACAAACAAAGCAAACAUUUCUUUAGAAGGAAGAAUAAGUCAAAAGGAAUGGGGCCACGGGAAGGAAAUGUGAGUUCCCAGGAUUUAAACACAAUAGUUGUUCUGAAGCCCAGCCCAGCGAGAUUUCAAAAUCCCUCGAUCAUGAUCAGUCCAAGCUCUUCCACACAACCACAUCAUAGCUUGAACUGUAAAGAGCAUGGUCAAAGAGUCACAUCUCAUUUUUCUCUUAAAGAAAUCAAAAGAAGGUUGAGACAUGUUAUUGGUGAAAACAAAAAGGAACACCAUUUGAUCUCCAAUAAUGGCGAUCUACCCAAAAUAUCGAAUCGAUCCGAAGCUUCAGGUGAUACAGGUAAACAGAUCACAAAUUUGGCAAGUAAAACUCCCUGCAAUAUUGAUGACGGUUCCCGAUCCUCUGCCAUUUCCAAGAAAACAGACAAUAAAUUCAGAUCCAAAGAAUGUCAACUUAAUGUCAAGAGUGAUCUCGCUCCCUCCAGGGUUGGAUCUUUGUUCUAUGAAGAGGCCAAGAAGCACCUUGCCGAGAUACUACAUACUGGAGAUCAAAUCAAUAAUUUGCCAAGCAGUCGUGGCUCAAAAUCCUUGGGAACGAUCCUUAAUCUGCCAGAAUAUGUGUUAUCUCCUAGAUUUAGCCCUGCAAGUGACAAGGAGUUUGACUUGUCACCUAAACAAACAUUAUUGUCCCCAUCACGGCAGUUCAAACAAGAAGAUGCUGCCAAUCAUUUAAGCCCAUCAAGACAGAAUUCUGAAAUUACAGCAUGCAACACUAGCAAUCAAUUUGAUGAAACACAAGUGCUUGAGUCAAAGCCAGAACUCACUGGUACACAAAUGCAGAAGGAAAAUUGCACUCGGGAAUACUUAAAUCCAAAAGAAAUUAUGGAAGUAGCAGAUGCUGAAUUCUUGGAAGGGUGUAACCUUAUGGUUCAACUUUCAGAAUCAUAUAGCAGUGAACCUAUUGCUAUUGGUAAAAUAUUCAAUGAAGAAGGUCCAGAGCUGAAUUCAUCAUUGGAGAAGCCACAACCAACGACCCCAUCCAUAUUUAUCUUGCCUAGAUCUUUUGAAAGCAUCAGCGAAAAGCAAGACCGACCAAGUCCUGUAUCUGUUCUUGAACCAUUCUUUUCAGAAGAUAUUAUCAGCCCAGAAAGCACAACUGUUGAGCAAACUGAGUUGCCAAUACAGCCUCAAGAGCUACAUUUUGAAGAAAAUGAUAGUUCUUCAGUAGUUCUAACAUCAUCUGAUUCUGAAGUCAAUCGAAAUUUUCAUCUGGAUGACAAAAUUGCAAGGUUUGCAUACAUAAAAACCAUAUUGGAAGUCUCAGGCUUAAGCAUGGAUGGCAUUUUGAAAGAAUGGAGUCUGAAAGAUCAGUUCCUUGGCCAAUCUUUGUUUGAUGAAGUAGGAACCUCAUAUGGUCAAUUGCAGAACAAUCCAAAGCUUCUCUUUGAUUGCAUAAAUGAAGUUCUCAUGGAGAUGCAGGAGAGAUUUUUCAGAUGCACCCCAUUGGCAUAUUUUAUCAAGCCUAAUGUUCAGCCAGUUCCAUUAGGUGGGCAUUUUGUCCAAGAAGUGAGCAAAGGCAUUGACUGGCAUCUGCAAAUGCAGUCUCCAAGCACAUUAGCUGAGAUAGUGCAAAAAGACUUGGAUGGUCGAAUCUGGAUGGACCUCCGGUUUGAAACUGAAGGCAUUUGUAUUGAGAUAGAAGACACCCUCUUAGAUGAUUUAAUGGAAGAAGCUGUUUAUGAGUUCUGGUUUGAGCCUUGAAUUUGCUAAGAGCCCUAUAUUAUUCACAGUCGAAGAUAAACGAGCAAGUGCAAUCACAGGUAACAUGACACAAAUAAAGUUCUUCAUCCUUUGUCUUUGCGACCGGAGAAAAGAAGGGGUGGAAAUAAUUGUUCCUUUCUAGUGAACUGUUGUUGUGGAUUUGGUAGGCUCAAUAGUUUUUUUUUCUUUUUUUUUCCCAUGUGUUUCCCACUGUAUCAGUCACAGAUAUGACACCCCAAAGUAUCCUAGUGUAGCAUUUGCUGCUAACUUUAGGUCGUUUUUUAAACCAUUGUGGAAAUUGGAGGAGCUUGUAGUAUAUGUAAAUCAGUUUCAUCACUGGUACGACUGAGAAUAACCCGGAAAUGAAGAUAUCGGCUGUUGUGUUCUAUAUGCACACUGGUUUAUUAGUUCUCCAAAGCUGUUAACUGGUUAUUGCUAGUGUUGAUUA